UUUCAGCACCACCACGGAAAGCGGCUGGUACCACACGGCGGUCGCGAUGACGCUGGACGCGCGGGAGACCGCGAGCGGCAUUGUCGGCGCCGUGUUCAAUGUGUAUGCUGGCCUGCCUUUUGACGUGGUGAAGGUCCGACUGCAGACCCAGGGCACGUCCACGACGCACUACAACGGGUUGUUCGACUGCUUUGCCCGCACAGUUCGACAGGAAGGCAUCCGUUCGCUGUGGAAAGGUGCAGUCCCUGCUCUGUCCAGCGCGAUCGUUGAGAAUUCCGUGCUUUUCACGGCCAACGGAGCCCUCAAGCGGAUCCUGUUUGAACAGGGAGAUGCCCUGUCGACGCUGGAUGAAGCGCUCGUAGGGUCGACGUCCGGUCUUUUUUCUGCUGCCGCGAUCACGCCCGCCGAAGUCAUCAAGUGUCGCCUCCAGACGUAUGCCCAUGCUGGUUCGAUGGGUAUUUGGCGAUGCACCAAGACUAUUGUCCAAGAAGGCGGCGUCAUGGGGCUCACGGCCGGCCUCGGCGCGGUCGUGUUGCGCGACGUCCCGUUCAACUUUUGCUUCUUUGGCAUGUAUGACUUUUACACAUCCCGAUGCAUGGACCUGGUCGGUGUCGACUCGAAGCGUGAGUUGCACCCCCUCGCCGUACUUGUCUCUGGCGGUUGUGCAGGAGCAACUGCGUGGACCGUCGUGUUCCCGGCGGACGUGAUCAAGUCGCGGCUACAAAUCGACGCAUCGCUGACGUUUCGAAAGGCCGUUCGAAGUGUCUGGCGCGUCCACGGCCUCGUCGGGUUUUACCGCGGGUGGAGCUCGGCGGUGUUGGGGAGCUUUCCCGCGGAUGGAUGUUUGUUUCUCGGCGUCGAGAUGACGCAUCGGUUGUUUGCUCAUAUUGAAAACAACAAUGUAUGAUAUAAGUUGACGCGACCCCGUGGCAAAAUUCCAUCGUGCUGGAACCUCCUCGUUGGCAGGGCAACUCGUGUAAGAAUUCGGUCGUACCUGCGGUUCGCGGAAACGAUGUAGCGUCAUUUUCAUCGGCCCAGGGCUUGUAAGGUCAAACCUUGAGUGGCACCCCAUGGGACGAAGCACUCUUGGUACCUCCAGAAGCCUUUACAUCGUAGGCGUGAC